CAACACUUUCCUUUUACGAAACUAAGAACCAUUAUUUAUAGCAACAAAGCAAACUCAAAUUCAAACCCCAACACCAAACUCCCACACACAACCACUUUCUUUCUACCUGAAACCUGUAAAGAAAACAAAAAUGGCUUCUUUGACCAUGUCAACGGCGGUGAUGACGGUGGCAAUCCUGUUCAUAGCCACCACCAUAACCAUAACAGAAGCUCAAAGCACCGCAACAUGUGCCCAGAAGCUAGUUCCAUGCGGUGAAUAUCUGAACACCACUACUACACCGCCCAAUACUUGCUGUAGCUCAAUCAAAGAAGCUGUUGAGAAGGAGCUUACUUGUCUCUGCAACCUUUAUAACACUCCCGGUUUGCUUGAAAGCUUUGGUGUUAAUGUUACUCAGGCUAUUGCUCUCACUCGCAGAUGCAGUGUGAACGCUGAUCUUUCUGCUUGCUCCAAAGUUGGAGCUGAAGCACCAACUACCACUCCUCCAGGAGUUCCCGGAAAUGACAGCGGCAGGAUGGCAUGGACAGGAUUUUCAAGCUUGCUCUUAUUAUGUGUUACUUCCCUAUUUUAUUAGGUCACCACCCACAUUCUUCUUUUGAAGUUUGGGGAUACAUAUGAUUAGUAGUCUAUUAUGACUCGAGUAUUAGCCUAUUCGGGAGCUGUAUUUUCACACUGGGAGAUUUUUUUGUUGUUGCCUGUAUUCACUCCUUUAUUUUUAAUCCCAUUGAUUGAUCAUUGUUGUUGAUGUAUUUGCCUAUCAUACAUGAAUAUAUGUGCUAUACUGGCUUCAUGAUA